AUACUAUUUGGAUGAGGCAUUUAUAAACCUCUUACCUAGUUGCGGUUUUGCUCUUGCGCUACGGUCCUUGAAAUUUGUAAACUGAAUUCAAUUUAUGCCGAACACAAAUCAGAAGUAAACAAACCGAAAUCCGGGUUUUGUGAUAGUGCAUAUUUCACCGUGUUCACAUCCUUCAAUAUGUCACUUGGGCUCAUUGAACAGUCAUUCGACCUAUGUGAAAAUGAACUCAAUGAAUUAUCCGAACGUUUAAGAAGAAACUGGUUGCAGAAAUUGAAUAAGUUCAACACGACGGACGAUUCACUUACCAGUCUGGCUUGGCUCUAUGAUAUGCAUCCGAUUGGGAUGGAAUUGGAUACUACACAAAAGUUUACCGAAUUAAACGUUGGGCAGAAUGUUGCUGGUUCAAACACAUUUUGUAACCAACAACAGCCUUUCGCUGGGAGUCUGCUGGAUCCACAAGUCAGAUUUGACUACCGAACCAAAUGGACUGGAAAGCCACCAUUUUCGUACGCCACUCUCAUUUGCCUUGCCAUGAGGGAGCUUGGAAAACCGAAGGUCACUUUAUCGGAUAUCUACGGAUGGAUAAUGAACAAUUUCGCUUAUUACAGGCACACGGAUUCAAGCUGGCAGAAUUCUGUUCGGCACAACCUAUCACUUAACAAGUGUUUUGAGAAGGUCCCAAGAGAUAAAAAUGAACGCGGUAAGGGCGGGUUUUGGCGGGUUAGUCCGAAGCACGUCGAUUGGUUAGAGGCCAAUUUGGCAAAAUGUCGGCGCGCUGCACCUCCCCCAGGACCUCCACCGCCGAUUCCUCGAUCCAUGUUGAUACAGCAGCAACUACUACAGCGACCUAACCCAUCGCAGCAACAUCUAAUGUCAGCUGGAAACAAUUAUAACUUGUAUAGUGCACUUGUGACGGCAUCGCAAACCCAGCAACCGGAAACUGGCAACUGCUUCAGUGGUAUGAUAAAGAAACCAUUGACCACAGAACUGUCACCACGAUCAGGUUCAUCAACAUCUUCGGUAUCAUCGUCGCCGAAUUCCUUGGGUUCUGCCCUCUCACCAGUCGGGUACGAUGCUCAGAAAAGCCACUUAAACAGAUUACCACCGAUUUCUUUGCCUCAGCUCAAAAUCGAUCAGCCGUUGACCUCCUCACCAAACUCAGUCCUUUCUGUUUCCGGGUUCAGGCCCACCAGGGAUGCAAACGAAACAACUUCGGCAGGAGCCAAAUGUCCCCAACUUGGAGCGCCAGUUCGCCGCAGAAAAAGUUCGGUUCAUAGACAGAACAAUAUUGAGGAACCAGACUUUGGAAAUUUUGAAGAUGACUUGCCUAGGUUAUGUGACAACAAACCAGACAAACACGACCAGUAUGAAGGAAGGCGUGGCACUCCUUUCCACGAAAGAACCACAAUGACUCGUGGUAUGAACCCAGCAAAAUGUGAGCAUACUAACUGCAGAAGGUUCUGCUACGGUUUAACCCAUCAGGUCCGCAAAACGUUACCCACACGAUCAGCUGAACAUGGUUACGUCAGACGAGAAGGCUCCGAAAAGUCAAAACCUACAUCAGCUCACAGACUUAUCGGUUUGAGAAGACCAUCAGAUGAAAAGCAACUGAAACUGGAGAACUAUAGAUUAAAAGAUCGGCAACGAACACAUAGGCGUCAGACAGGGACAGAAAUCAGAGUGAUGCCAACUCGCAUUCUUCCGCCUCGGCGUCGAUUUUCAAAGUGGACUUUUCCUCGUGCUCCAUUUAAUCGGUGCUGUGCUAAUGAAGGAGAUGAGAGUUAUAGAAGUAAAGACAAAGACCCCCAUACAUUGGUGAGCCGCAACCAAAGAGGAGUAAAAUCGAGACGCCAGUGUCUUGAACAAAUGCUUGAUGAGAAGGAGAAAAGCUGGACAGAAAGCGACGUUAGUCUUCCGCUGGUUGGUACGACUGACGACGAAGAUGCCGCGUGCAUUUGGCCCCCACUUUCAAACCCGGAUAGAGAAAUGGCAUGUAGGCGAUUAGCCACUCACCAGCCGACUGAACACAGUUAUCAGGGAAAUCUCAUGUGGAAUUCACCUAACAAGAACGUGCUUGCAAGACCUGCUUGGCCGACUCCACAAUACUGUUCAAAAGCCUUAUCACCUAUACGUCGUGGAUUCAAUUCCAACCAAGCAAAUUCACUCUCAAUUACAUCUGGAUCAGAUCGUUCUUCGGUGUCUUUGUAUGAAUCCAACGGCUGUUCUGACGGACACAUUUACCACACACUACCGCCCAGUCGCCAUUCUACUCCACGACGAGUGGAGACACAAGCAUGCAAGCAGCUUUUCCCGUCUAAACCAUCAGACGCUUCGGUACACUUUGGACGUCUUUAUCCCACUUCUGGUGAGGCUGAAUGCUACCUAGGUUCAUCGCCCGAUCGCUUUCGUAUGCCGCGGUGGGCUGCUGUUUUCCUUCCGGAUGGUGAAAGCAACCAGGUGGUGCAAUCUCAUAUUAUUGAUCAACCUGCCAUGCAUGGUAGUGUGGGGCUGUAUGGACAAAUGGACUCCGUCACUGAGUACGUGCACACAAGUUAUCCAAGUUCCAUAUAUGCGACUUCUACAAUGAACAACGCAAUCACAUCCGUAAGACCUUGUGGUCCAGAAGAGCAAAAUGUUUUGGGCGGUUCGGACUCCGGUCUUGAAAAGCAGUCUGAGUUAACAACUUCAGAAGCCCAGUUCACCACAUCGGAUAGCCCACUGUUAGAAGGGUUGGAUAUCGGUUCGGCGAGGUUUGACUUCGAUACCCUGGACAACCUAGUUGAAGCCAGCGGACCUAUUCCUUUGGAUUUGGAUCUUGGGUUGACAGCCAGUCUCAACGGCACCUACAGUUCGCUAUCAAACGAUUCAGCAAUCGGCUCAUCUAGGGACUCCACUGUUGCUAAUGGCCAGUCUGGUGACUUACUCUCUCCAAUGUGUUGGUCUUCAAGUCCUUCCGUCUCACAAGAAUUACUCAGUUUACCAUGGUUCACCGAAUCGCAUUCUGCUCAGGCAGCUGACUAUUUAUUUUCCAUGUUCGACAAUGAUGAAAUGGACUGCAACAAAUCCGGUCAAUCAAAUGCUAACGAUGGUCGUCUAAGCACGCCACCUUUACAAGAGAGGUACGGUGCUUGAUGGUACUAAAUUUGGAAAUACACCGACACGCAGCAUGUAACGGUUGAUUCCAAACUACAGUGAAAGUAGAGGGAAGCAUCCUGUUAGAGAAAUCCGAACGGAAUUGAUGUCUCAGACAUGGGAAUUCACGUCGUUAUUACGAUUGCUGCGUCAUGCGCUGCCUACUACCUUCACUUCUUAGUUACUUUAUAUUUUAUCUUUAAGUAGCUAUUUUUUAAUACUAGGAGAAAGUUACUGUUUGAAUUGAGUUGCCCAAAGUAUUCACAGGAACGAAUGAUACCUAAAACGCAUAAAGAACCGAUUAUCACUGGGCAAUAUAAUAUGAAUUCUACUUGUCCGCGACGCAGUUCUACCAAAAGUGCCUUUUGCUUGUCCUUCCGACUCGCAACGAACAGCCCAUUCCUGGUACUUAUUAAUCAAAACCGGAUACCUUACCCGCAAUCUUACUCUCAGACGAUUGUAUAGGACAUUAUUCUCGAAAACCCACAAAUAUAUAUCACAGGAGUCAAACCCAAUGCUACCAUAUCCCCAUUACGGUUCGCUAUUGCUCCGGAUCCCUGGUUAUCGGCUGUGAGAGAAAGAAAAGACGAGGCAACUUUUUCCAUUUGCUCGUCUACGUCUAUUUCUUACCUUGGUUUCUUUUUAUACUCGUUAUUUUUCACACAUUGGCGGGAUCCUACCCCGUGUACUUGUUUGUUGAAAACGCUGAUUGCUUGAGGCGAUCAAUGAAACGAAUGAAUUGUGAGCUCUGUCAAUCCAAAUCCGAGUGCACAUCAAAUGGCAUUUCAGGACUGCCAACCAUUCCGAUGUAUCCCUUUUUUAUCCUACACAAUAACCGAUUUCGCACAUCGCAACACAUGGCUUCCACUGGCACUUCACUGUUUGUUUUACUCAUUUACUCAUAAAGUCUUACUUAUUUCCGUU